AUGGGUAUCCCGAUCGGAUGGAACAUUAAUCGCGAAGAAGACGCGAAGAAAGACGCACUGAGGGCUGACAUUGCCGGCUCACGCUCACCCAUCCGCCGCCGCGUCAGACCCAACAGGUCACCGCGCCCUCACAGCGCCCUCGACACGGAUUUCCUCAUCUCCGGUCCGCAUAUUGAAUGGAUUCCUCGCUCGUCGCAUCGCGCGCGUCUGGCACCGCCACCCGUCCCCGAAGUGUCGAGGACCGAAUACCGCAGCAACGAGCCUUCGAGACACCCACCUACUCUACAACGCGACGAGAGCAGCGUGCGCCGAUCGCGCAAUCGCCUCGAUGGCUACAUGCGCGCGUAUGAGACGCGCGCGACUCCCGACCAUGACCGCCCCUUGCCCGCUUUCACCCCGGGAUUUGCGCCAGCGGCAGCGUCGCGAACGCCCGAAACGGAAGCACAACGCGAUGCGCAAGACCCAUUUUCACGCCUGCGCGAAUACAGAUCAUACCGUCGCACUACCAGACGAUCAACGCGUUCUCAGAGCCCCCGUGCUGACCGAUCGACGCGAGGCGAUAGUGUGAAUGCGCCCGAGGAGAGCCACGAGACAGGCGAGAAUCACGCUGUAGCAUUUCCUCCGCUGCGUAGAAUGGGUCGCCGCACCAUUGCUGACGGACCGCUACCUGCCAGCUCUCUGCGCGAGUCCUGGAGUCCAGCUGGUGCGCUGGAUGGCUUAGGCGACCGGAAUCGCAGCGUCAGUCCCUUUGAAGAUCAGUUGCAAUGGGACAGCUUCCUCACCACCGUCGUGGACGACCCCGUCGCACCAAGUGCGGGGUCAUCAUUCGCAUCAGCCGCAGCCGCAGCCUCAUUCACAAAUUCGCAUCCCAGCUCACGAGCAGGAAGUGCCAACUCGGCCGCAUCGUCGCAUACCCACCUUACAGUGCCAUCACGACGUCCUUCCCCUCCACAAAACGAGCAAUUCAUGCGGGCAUGCGAUACCUCGGAGGACGACUCAGCCUCCGACACCGAAGAAGAAGAGAUGGACGUACGCGGCAGCAUACGCCGUCGUACCGGCACAGAGGCCCGCAGGAACCGCUUGAACAUUUCAGACUCGACCGCCCCUCGCCGAAGAAUGCGCCCAUCGUACUUCUCCAGCGAACCUCCUGCGCGCGAUACCGAACGCUACGGACUCCGCGUAAUCGACCGAUCCCGCGACGCCAGCGAGGUCGUUCACAGCUUCUACAACUCCGGCAUCUGGCGGGACGCCGAGACGGAAGCGCCGCAGAGACCGCAAAUCCCCCAGCUCGAUGGACCAGCAGAGGAAUCCGUGAGCGCCAAUGACUACGAGGGUAUGCCUCCACUCAUACCCGCGGAGUCGCCGCAACCGCCACCACUCGAUCAGGAGCUCCGUGAUGCGCGGUCGUUGCUGGAGCGUCUCGCGCGCAGGGAAGAUGUCAGUGACGACUUUUGGGCAUCGGUUGGCUUGACGCGAUCUUUUGCUGACCCCGUCGAGCGCUUCCAGGAACUUGAGCGAUUUUGA